CAGGAGGGCUGGCUGCAUCUCCAGCUCCUGCAAACACCCUGUUCCAGCCAUGCAGUGACUGCCAGGUGCAUCUAGGGCUCAGCCCCAGAAGCCCAGCUCUGCCACAUCAGCUGUGGUGUGAGACCCCAGCAGGCAGGGCUGUGCUGAGUCCUCAGGAUCCCUUGUGACAUCCACAGGUCCUGGGUGUUUUGCUGUGACCUGGCUCCUAUCCCCUCUUCCCCAGGUCCCUUGGAGGUUGCUAUCCUUGCCAGACCCUUUCCCAGCAAGGCUGUGCCCCUGCACUCCCCAGUCAAUAAUUAAUUUCAGUCUCUUGUUUGUGUUGCUAAAAUAAACAAUGUAGGAGGGAUGGUUUCAUCGGGGGUGCCUCUUGGACAGCCUGGGCAGGGCCUGGAGCUGGGGCUGGCCCUUGUGAGCUUCCCUGCAGGGAGUUCUGCUGGAGCUGCCACCCUCAGUCCUGCCCCACUGAGAUGAAAUGGGCCAAGCUGGUGGGCCCUGGAGUGAGCCAGGGCUGUGCACCCUCUGUCCCAGCUGUGGUGGCCACAUCCAAGCCGGUGUGGGCACAUCCAGGUCACAUCCACUCUUGCUGGGACUGGGGAUGGGUCUGUGAGGUGAGGGGGUGCAGCACAGAGGCACCCAGGGCACACAGAGAAGGGAUUUGUCCCCAGCCUUGAAGAGAGACAGCUGCCUGAGAAACACAGGUGAAGCCACAGGGAGACCUGGGUGGUGAGGAGGGGAACGUGCCUGUGACCAUCCCAGGGCCACCAGGAGCCACAGGAUUGGAAAAUCAUGUGCCAGACCACAGACCUGGUGAUCUGACUGAUCAGAGAGCUGAUGGGGACAUGGCACAGCCCAAAAGUGUCAGACUGGCUGCCCUGUGUGUCCCCAGGAGCUUAGGGGAGGCAGCAGAGGAGGGAACAUCUCUGGCCUGUGGUGUUACCCCACUGCAACGAGUGGAUGCAAGGGCAGUGUGACCCUAACUCCACCAGUCCCUCGAGGCCAGGCAGCACAGCCUUGGUGCAUUGCCCCUCCCCAUCCUCCCCAUGCCAUUUCACAGCCCUGGGGCCAGCCUAGACACCCCUGAGCUUUGCAUCAGCCCCAAGGAGCCUGGCUUUGUCACCUGCACCUGCAAUGCACAAGGAUAAACAGCCUUGGUGGGACACGACAGCCUCAGCAGCAGCACUGCCCGUGUGGCAGGGGACACUCAGGACAGGCACCCGGACCCAGUGGAAGAAGUCACCUUCCCAACUACACUGCUCAGAGGAGCUGCUUCUCUCAGCUGUUGCUGCAGGGAAGAGGACAGGGCUCCUGAGCCAUGUCCAACGAUCCCCCCCCUCCGUACCCGGGGGGCCCCUCGGCACCGCUGAUAGAGGAGAAGCACGGCCCCCCCUCGGCACCAGAGGGUGUCACCCCAGUGGUGGGACAGCCCCAGGGGGUUCCUAUACCCCCUCCUGAGUUCGGACCCCCCCCAUAUGAGCCCCCCUCUCAGCCGGGGUUCAUACCCCCCCACAUGCCCACGGAUGGCUCUGGGCCCUACGUGCCACCAGCAGGAUAUUACCCACCCCCAGGCCCCCACCCCCCCAUGGGCUACUACCCUGCCCCAGGCCCCUACCCCUCUCCUGGUGGCCACACGGCCACAGUGCUGGUGCCCCCGGGAGCUGCCACCACAGUGACAGUGCUGCAGGGAGAGAUCUUCCAGGGAGCCCCUGUGCAGACAGUGUGUCCCCACUGCCAGCAAGCCAUCACCACCAAGAUCUCCUACGAGAUUGGGCUCAUGAGCUUCCUUCUGGGCUUCUUCUGCUGCUUCGUGGGGUGUGAUCUCUGCUGCUGCCUGAUCCCCUGCCUGUUCGAUGACUUCAAGGACGUGACACACACGUGUCCCAACUGCAAGGCCUACAUCUACACGUACAAGCGCAUGUGCUAACGGCACUCGGGAGCCUCUGGAACGCCGCCGGCCUCGCCCCGCUGCCGUCCGUCCGUCCGUCCGUCUCCGCGUGUGCAUCGCCCCUCCCCUCGCUUCCCGCCGGUGGUGUGUAUGUGUUAUCCCCGGCUCCUCCCGCAGAGCUGCCACCACUGCCCCCAGCUCUGCUCCUCACUGGGAAUACUUGGGUUGGUGACGCUGGGGCACGGGGGAGGUGGCUGCUGGCCCCAGCUGCUGUGUGGGGGCUGCCCUGCAGUGCACAGGCGUGGGGGGCAUCGCUCUGCACCCAUGGGGCUCCAGGUGUGAGCGAGGCCCCUCUCACCUGGAGCACCCCUGGCAGGAGCAGCAGCUGCUGGAGGUGCCCAGCCCAGUCCCACAGUGCAGGGGGUGCCUGGCUGCAGGAAGGUGCUGGGCUGGGAGCCCAGGAGGGACCCAAGCUGCCCACGGUGCCCUCAGGGGAUGCAGCAGAGCCUUUGUGGCGCUUUCAGGAAGGGGCUCAGUGACAAGGACACGGGGCAGUGCCACACACCAGGUUUCCGUGUGGUUCAAAGCCUCUUCCCGAGGGGAGGCAGAGCUGCCUCUAAGCACAGAGAGGGGCCCGGCAGCAGCACCGCACCCUUAUCAGCACCUCCGUCCUGCCCGGCGGCCGCUCCAGCUGCAUGCGCCUCCUCCUCCUCCUCCCAGCCCCGCCCGGCUCCGGGGGCAGGGACAGCCCCAGGCAGCCCCGGCCCCCCGAGAGCCAAAGCACACCCGGCAUGUCCCGGCUGCCCGGCACGUAGAGUAGAGGAGUUUGUAACCAGGCUGCAGCUCCAGAGCCGCCCUGGGCCCGGCAGGGUCUCCUUGCAUGUGGUGUAGGGGGUGUUUUUAGCUCACUCACCUGAGGCAGAAGGAAGGGGCAAGCAGGCAGCGACAGGAGCUGCCAGCAGCGCUCCCACGGCAGGGGUGAGAGGGGCUGGGAGCCGAGUUCAGCCUCUCGGGGCUGCUGCUCCCUCCCCUGCCCCUGCAGCUCCCAGAGCAAAGUGGGGGGGGGGGGGUCUCUCAGUACACAGGUCUGCAAACACAGCCUGGCCUGCACAGGCAGCUGCUGUUUGCUCAGGGCUGGAACUGUGGCACUAGUCAGUGUUUUUAUGUAAAUAAAUAACAGACCCUGAA